CUUAUACUUCCUCACAGUGAUAGACUGUUAAAGGUGCUCCUGUUCUGCUGAGAAGUGACAGGCGUUCACGCGGCGCAGGAGAGGAAGAGACGAGGUCCUACUGCGUGAACGGCUACGCAUCGCGAGAAUUGGACGCCAUUUGUUCUCGUGGUGUCCGGGCUGUGGCUGGUCGGCCAACCUCUGCAGGAACUCCCGCCCGCUGGCCCUCCCCGCCCCCCCCAAAAAAAGUGAAAAAAGAGGCAGAAAAGAUACAUAAAGAAAAUUGGAUAUACAUCAUUGAAUGAAAUGCGACACAGGAUUCUUUUUUGCCCAGUCGGGAGAAUGUUUGCCCUGUGACUGUAAUGGUAAUUCCAACGAGUGCUUGGAUGGCUCUGGACUCUGUGUGCACUGCCAGCGGAACACAACAGGCGAGCACUGUGAGAAAUGUCUAGAUGGUUAUAUCGGAGAUGCCAUCAGGGGAGCACCCCGCGUCUGCGAGCCGUGUGCCUGCCCCCUGCCUCAUGUUGCCAAUUUUGCAGAAUCCUGCUAUAGGAAACAUGGAGCUGUUCGGUGUAUUUGUAAAGAAAACUACGCUGGACCUAACUGUGAAAGGUAGGCUACUGAAAGUCACUGUGUGCUAUGGGGGUCAAAGGGAACUUCCUCUUUCUUACACUCACCAGCUCCACCAUGCUCUCGUUCAGUAGGUCUUAAGAAGAGGGAGUGGGAGAUAGCAUUUCAGAACCCCUUGGGGGAGCGUUCCCA